CUCUUUCACUGAAACUCACCUAUAUAUAAACACCUCUUCUCUUUCACUUCUCACUCCUCUCUCUUUCUCUCUCUAAAAACUCCUUUCAUUUUCUCUCUCUAAAUUCUCAGACACAAUGCAGCUCCGUCCGGCCUUAACCGCCGGGACACUGGUCCUAGCUAUGGCCGUCAUCUUCAUCUUCUCCGGCACCGGUGUCGAUGCUCACAACAUCACGAAGAUUCUCGCUAAGCAUCCGGAGUUCUCUUCAUUCAACCAUUACCUAACCCUAACUCAUCUCGCCUCAGAAAUCAACCAGCGGACGACGAUUACUGUCUGCGCCGUUGAUAACGCCGCCAUGGGCGAUAUUCUCUCGAAGCAUCCGAAUAUCUAUACUGUGAAGAAUAUUCUCUCGAUUCAUGUUCUUCUCGAUUAUUUCGGUGCCAAGAAGCUUCACCAGAUCACUAACGGUACUGCUCUUGCUGCUACUAUGUUUCAAGCUACCGGUUCCGCUCCUGGAUCUACUGGAUUCGUUAAUAUCACAGAUCUACACGGUGGAAAGGUUGGAUUCGCUCCUGAAGAUAACAACGGAGCUUUUGCUGCGCAUUUUGUGAAAUCUGUUGAGGAAAUUCCUUACAAUAUAUCGGUGAUUCAGAUCAGCGGUGUUUUGCCUUCGGCUGCGGCUGCGGCGCCGACUCCAGCUCCGGCUGAGAUUAAUAUUACCGGCAUUAUGUCGGCUCACGGCUGUAAAGCUUUCUCUGAUGCUUUACUUGCUAACGACGCUAUGGAAAUUUACGAAGAUGCCCUCGCUGGUGGUUUAACUCUGUUUUGUCCUUUGGAUGAUGCGUUCAAAGCUUUUUUGCCUAAAUUCAAGAAUCUAACCAAAUCAGGGAAGAAUUCGUUGUUAGAGUACCACGGAGUACCUGUUUACCAAUCCAUGUCGAUGUUGAAAUCAAACAACGGACUCAUGAACACUCUCGCUACAGACGGAGCUAGCAAGUUCGAUUUCACAGUCCAGAACGACGGAGAGCAAGUGACUCUCAAAACGAAGCUCGUCACGGCCAAAAUCACCGGCACACUCAUCGACGAACAACCAGUAGUGAUCUACACUAUCGAUAAGGUAUUAAUGCCUAAGGAGCUUUUCAAGCACGAGAAAGCAGAGACUCCAGCUCCAGCUCCGGCACCGGAAAAGGCAGCUGACGCACCUAAAUCUUCUAAGAAGAAAGGCAAGAAGGCGGCGCCGUCACCUGACGACGAUGCCGAUGCCGACGCUCCGGCACCGGACGAUGAUGACGUCGCAGAUCAGACUGCUGAUGAUAACGGCGCCGUUAGAUUUGACGGUAACAGAUUUAGCUUCUUCGCUCUUAUCGCUACUGCAUGGCUAGGAUUUUCAGUUCUGUAAGUUUUUAUUUAUUUAUUUUUCUUAAUUUAAUUUUAUUUAUUUCUUUUGUUUUAUGUUUUAUUACUCUUUUAUUAAUUAAUAAUGGAGUUUUUUUUUGGUUAAUUAAAUACUCUGAGAUAAUGUGUUUGUGAGAAUUAGAGUGUUGAUUUUUGGAUUUGUGUAUGUAUUAUUAUUAUUACACAAUUUAUUUAUCUUUUUUAUUUUUAAUUAAAUUAAAUUUGUUUCUGUA